GCUAAGAAGAACGAAGAACAUAAAGAAAAGGACAUUCCCAAAAAAAUUAAAAAAAAAAAUCAAAAGAGUCCGAAAUUUGGAAUUGAAAGCUGAAAACAUUUUCUCUCCGAUCAGCAUCGUCUACCGAGAAGGAACCCCGAUAGAGAUGCAGAAAUUGGGUGAUUUUAAGCUUCCCCACUUUUUCAAUUACCCUCCAUACUUCACUUUGCAGCCAGUGAGGGAGACUCGCGAGAAGCAAAUACAACUUUGGAAGGAACUGAUUCUGGAUUACUGCAGAACUCAGAAGAUAUUCAUAGUUAGGCUUGAGGAAGAAUUUCCUCUGUUCUCAAAUUCUGUGAUAGAACGCACGCUCAGUCACGAAGCUAGGGAAGCAUUCCUCUCAGCGUUGGUUGCAGAAGGGCGUGCAGAAUGGUUGGAUAAAGGACGUAGGAAUUGCCUUAUCCUUUGGCACCGAAUUCAAGAAUGGGCUGACAUUAUUGUGAAUUUUGUGAAAGAUAACGGCUUCGAGGACAGUGUUAUGACAGUUGAGGAAAUACGAUCGGGGAUUGAAUCUCGAGGGACAGAGCUUCACGGAAUAGACCGGACGAUUCUAAUGCGAGCUUUGAAAUUACUAGAACAGAAGGGAAAGCUUGCAAUUUUUAAGGGAACUUCAACUGAUGAUGAAGGUGUAAAAUUCUCUGUAUAAUUAUUUAUCGAAUUGGCUUUCAGAGGCAAGGCAACAUUUUGCCUAUUGAUCAUCAGAACUUUAAUCACCAGCAGCCUGUCGGUAACCUGAUAUGUGUUGAAAAACCAAACCUGAUGGAAUUUUUACUCAACUUUUCCCUGGUACUAGACUGGAGCCAUCAAUGUCAUUUUUGUUUUCCUCUUUCUGAAUAUGUACAAUAAGAACCGACAAGUUUUUCGGGGCAUUUGAUUUGAACUAAAUACACACUCUUCUUUUAUUGUAAGAAUCAAUUAAUAGCAGAAACAGAUCUCUUUUUUUCUCA